AUCCCAUCCCAAGCACCACAUCCCAUCCUGGGUACCACAUCCUCCCCUUCCUGGGUAUUCCAUCCAUCCCAAUAUUACAUUUCCUCUGAGGACGCCGUGUCCCCACCGAUCACCCCGCGCUGAAACCGAAAGCGAAAGAGGAAAGGAGGAAAGGAGGAGUUCAGUAAGUAGCAAGGCCAUGGCCGGCGGCAGAUCGCGGUUUGGAGGCGGCGUGGAACCCCUCGGGGAGCGCUGAGCCCCCAAGCCCGGCCCGGGACCACCGCCCAUGGAUCGGCUGCUGCUGCUCUGCGCUGCUCUCGCCCUAUUGCUGCCCCAUAGCGCCUCCGACAGCGGUAAGCAGAGCGUUGCCGGAGUUCCCGGCUUGCCGCUGGGGGUGUCCGCGUCCCAUUCGUGCUCCCACGGCUGUCCGCGAUUUCCUCGUGGGUAGUGGAGUGGGGAUCCACGCUGCGCGCUGGGGAGGGGGUUCCCCGCAUGGCUGUGCUUCACAUAGGAGCUCCACGUUCCCCUCGUGGGGCCCGUACUGCACCCACGCGUGAACAGGAUGCUCUCGUGGUGUCCAUGGGAUGCCCACAGUGCACCUCAAUUGCCCCCCACCGGGUACCUGCAGCAGUCCCCCAGCAGCAUCCGUGGAAGCUGGGGGUGAUUUUAGGAUCCAAGUGCUGCACCACAGACAGAUAAGGACCCAUAUGAUCCCAGUACUGCACUGUGAGCCCAUAAGGACCCAUAGGAUCUGGAUGCUGCACCAUGAACCCAUACGGAACCUCAGGACAUGCAUCUCAAUGGGAUUUCCCCAAACAGACCCCCAGGAGAUGCAUCUCAAUGAGAUUUUGUGCUGUGUGUUUCCCAUAUGGACCGCCAGGAGAUUCAUCUUAAUGGGAUUUCCCCAUAUGGACCCCCAGCAGUUGCAUCUCAAUGGGAUUUUGCACUGCGUGUUUCCCAUACAGGCCCCCCCAGAUCUUUCCAUGAGAUUUGGAAAGUUUUCGUGGAAGUGCAGGAAAUAAAGCUGGAUGACCUCCAAAAAAUCUCUGGCAUAGCUUUAAUGCUCCUUUUUGAUGCCGAAUCUGCAAUAUGGUGGAAAAUGAGAGUGUUCUGUAGUGCUAGAAAAUGACCUCAGCAGCAAGCCAAGCGCAGACAAGCAUUCCCUGAAGGCAUUGUGCCUUGCCCUGCAAAUGACAUUCCCAGCAGCAGUGAUGCAGCUGGGAUCAUGAUUUGGGGCAGAAAGCACCACUAUGGGCUAACUGUGACUAUGCAUUCCCAUAGGUGGGAUUCUCUGGUGUCUAAUAGCGGUUGUGCAUCCAUCCCCUUAGAGAGGAUUUUCCAUUGUCUAAUUGUGGUUUUAUCUCAUGUGUAAUAGGGACUUCCUGCUGUUGGGAAGGGUGUGGGAUACCCAUGUGACAGCGCCUGGAUGUACCCUUUGGCUUCUCCCAGCUCCUGGCUCAAUGUCCACUGGCCAUCACCAGCGCACAUCAUAGUGCUGUGGUGCUGCUGUCAGUGGGAUGUGGCAUGCCAAUGGGUUGGAGGGCAUCUGGGAGCAGGUGGGAAUGCCAAGAAGUGGCUCCUGUCCCCACCAUGCUUCCAUUCCUGUCCCCACUGCCAUCGUGCUUUCAUCCCUAUUGCGAUUCUGUCCCCAUUGCCAUCAUGUUCCCGUCCCCAUCGCCAGCAUGCUCCUGUCCCUGCCAUUCUCCUGUCCAUGGGCUGGCCAUAACUGCAGCUUCUCCUGGUGGCCAUAACUUCUGCAACUCCUGGUGCUCGAGAGCCCACACAUCACGGAACCGCAGAAUCAUAGAACCGAUAGGGACGCAUGAGGACCACCGAGUCCAAAUCCUGGCUCCACGUAGGACCGCUCAAAAUCCAGGCAGCUCUGACAUUCCCGUUGUCCUCUCCCUUUGUAUUUCCCCCCUCUGUAGCAGUGCGAUGCGGCCGCCCCAAGGACGUGGCCAACGCGUUCAUCGACGCGGGCGACGCGGUGCUGCUCCACACCAGCCUGCGCUACACCUGCAAGCUGGGCUACAAGCGCAAAGCCGGCACCUCCACCCUCAUCCAGUGUGUCCUUGACCAUGGCAAGCCCGUCUGGACGUCCACUGAGCUGCAGUGCAUCCGGGACCCAGCUCUACCUCUGCAAACCCUCAGCCCUGAGCUCCUGACCAUGAGGACAGGAGAUGAGGACAGAGGAACCACCACCACUCCAGCAGCAGCACCUGUGCCAUCACCAGAGACAUCCAUGGCACCGGCAAUGCCCGAACCACCAGAGAUGCCCACACCAGGAGAGGGGACAGCCCUGAGGACAACCCCACUGCCCACCAACCCCGAAGACCACGCUGCAGUUUCCACCCAGACCUUGGCCUCUUCCAUCGGGCUCUCGAUUCUGCUCAUUGUCAGUGUUGCGGGAUUCUGCUACUGGAGGAUGAAAAUGCAUGCGCGGCAGAACUACGUGGUGGCGGUGACGGCCAUCCCCAUGGUGGCUCCUACCACUGCAGCAGAGAAUGAUGAGAUGUUGCCACCCGGUGACAUCCCCACGGGCUGAGCACCCAAUGCUGAGCACCUUGGUGUACCUGCCAGCCCGGCCAGCCAGGAGGAUGCUUGAAGCUGGGUGCUUCCCCAAGUGGCAGCGGCAUGGGGCACAUCCCCAAGUCCCCAGCUGCCCUUCGCAUGGAGCAUCUUCGCUCCGGGGACAUGUAGCUGCUCUUCUCAGCCUUAACAAGUGGAUGAGAUCACUCCGGUGCCUGAAGCUAUUCACCCACGAACCAGCAACCUCUGGAAAGGGCUCCAGCUCCAUCUCCAGUCCAGAGGUCAUCUCCUCGUCCACAACUCAGGGAUCUGCUGGGGGCAAUUUCGGCACCAAUGCCAGCUGCUCGCAGGGACACAUAGGAGUGAUUAGCUACAAACACUACCAGAGCCUGAAGACAAGGACAUGGCAACGAUAUCUGUUGUUAUCCACUCACUUCCCCCCCUUGCUACAGAACAGGCGGUUUUGUACUGAUGUUUUAUAUAUAAAGGGUAUAUAUUAUUAUAUAAAAAUGCACACAGAGUGGCUGAUUCUUUAGUUGAGUGUCUUGCCAGCCACGGCAAUGGGAAGGACAGUGGGGAUGCUGGGACAGACAGGAGCUGGUUUGGAGUGAAAUCCAUCCCAGCAGCAGCCAGGGCUUGCUGAUGGUCUUCUAGGUAGGACUGAACCAGAGGAAAGGAGACGUUCCACGAUUCCUCCUCACUGAUGGGUAUUGUGGAUGCCAAGAAUUUGCAUGGGUAGAAGUUGGCUUUGGACAAUGGAUUCAUGGUUGAAUCCAGAGCUGCAGCUCUGGCAAUCCACUGCAAACUCUAAAUGAGAGCAUCGCUACCCUCUAGAAGCAAAGGGUGAAGGCAAGGUGGCCUUCAUCAUCACCCAUCUGGCUCAGGUGGAAGGCAAAAGGGGCUUCAUCAGCCAGCUGGAAAGCCAACCCAAUGUGUCCCUUCCUCACUUCUCGUCUUUGUGUUUGUGCCACUGCUCUGGACUGUCUGAGCUGGAAAACACAGCGCUUUGCUGUGAGGACACAUGAUAAACCAAGGUUUCCUAUAUCCCCAAAGUGCCAUGGGAUGGUUGAACAAGAGGUGGAAGGGAAUGCUGGAGGUCCAUGGUCCUAUGUCUGCACAGAGCUUUGCAGCUGUAUUCAGACUUCCAAGUUUUGAGCAAAGUUAUCUGCAUGUUUGGAUUAGCAGAAAAAGGAAAGUAUUUCUGAAGUCACUGCUUGGAAAGCAAAAGGAGAGCCAACAAAAUAGCUGCCAUUCCAUGAAUAACAGGAUGUGAGAGUUUCCUCCAGCAGACACUGCUCAUGGCUCCAGGCUGAUGGCCAAGAUCAUGUCUCUACCUAAAUUGGUUUCAGUUU